UGCGUCCUAUACUGUAUAAAUGAAAGGAGGGUCUACUCCAAAUUAGCGCCUAGGGUUAAGGAUGGAACGAAAUGUAAAAGCGGAACCAAAGACAUGUGCAUUAGUGGAAGCUGCAAAAAGGUGGGAUGCGAUUACAUUAUUGACUCGGAUGCGAUUGAGGACCAAUGCGGAAUUUGUAAGGGCGACGGCACUCAGUGCAAAAUAGUCGAGGAAACGUAUUACGAUGCUCCCGGUCAUGGAUACGUGAAGGUGGCGACGAUAAUGAAGGGUAGUCGUAAUGUCUAUUUUGACGAACUCAAACCUUCGGACAACACAAUUGCCGUUAGUGCCGCCGACGAGAAGAAGUUUUAUUUAAACGGCGACUUCACGGAACAACAGGAUGGAGUUCACGACGUUGGGGGUGUCGAGGGUAUCUACAAUCAUCCUGAGCCUAACAAAGAAAGUUUGGUAAUAUACGGCCCAUUGAAAGAAGAUAUUGUGUUAUUUGUUGUCUACUACGCAAAUGAAAAUGCAGGAUACGUAUAUAGAUUUUCCGAGCCGUCGUCACAGAAUUAUCAACCACGGUAUCAUUGGGAGUUUGUAGAAUUCGGCGAUUGUCCUGUGAGAUGCGGCGGCGGAGUAUUAAUCGGCGAACCGGACUGUUUAGAAGAAACUGCUGGAAAGGUUAGCCCAUCCUUUUGUCAAGGGUUAGAAAAGCCGCCGGCGAUUACCAGAAAAUGUAACGAGCAGCCUUGUAAAGUGAAGUGGCGCGUUGGUAAAUGGGGUAUGUGUACGGCAUGCAAGUUUCAAUCUGGCGUACGUAUCAGAGAGGUUGAGUGUGUUCGCGAAUCGGAAAAACCGGGCGAAGAGGAUACAUUAUUAGAAGAUGACAAAUGUCCUCCACCCAAACCCGGAACACGCGAGCUUUGCAAUUCCCAUAAGAAAUGCUCUAAAAAUAGGAGAGAUAUUGAUGGAUUUACCCCCGACGUUUUGAAACACUUGUGGUUGCAAAGUACAAAUGAGUAUAUGUUUCAGGAACCCUUGAGCUACAGCGAAUCUAUGUCAAACCCAAAAAAGUUACGUAGAAUCCGACGUGGCAUUAUUAAAGCGAAAAGAUUGCAAAGGGAUUGCUCAAACUCAAAGACGGUCUCAAAUUCAAACGCGACCCAUAAGGUUGGUUCUCUCGUGAAGGAUCGAGUUUUACCCCAAGACAUCAAACUGAUAGAAGUGCCCCUGGUUCAAUCCCAACUUUCACUCAAUUUAACUGAUGCAUCUUACGAGGCUAUGGGAGAUAAGAUUUCCGAUACCCUCGAUGUUACCAAGGAGAAGGUAUUCACAGGGAAAGAAGCCGCAGCACGCCUAAAAGAGAUUCAGCAUAAAAAUAACACGAAAUUAGAUUAGAGCUUUUUUAUAUUAUAAAAAUAGUGUAUAUUAAUACAAUAAGUCUUACACUAAU